UAUAGAAACAGAAUCCCCACACUCUCUCUUCCCAAAAUCCUUUUCUGUACCUCUUUUGCUCUGCCGCCAUUGCCACGGCCUUCCCGUUCGAAAAUUAGGGUGUCUAGCCCUCUAGAGUUUUCAGUGGCUGCUCCUGGUUUCUAGGGUUUACCCGGGCUGGAUUCUUUAACUUUUCUUUGAAGAAUUUCUAUGCGCUGCUGGUUCAGCGGCUUCGUUGAUUAGGUUUCUAUAAGGGGAUGAGCUGGGGAGCUGGAUCGUAGAAAGUGAGGAACUGAAGUUUUUUCUGUGGUGGAUUUUCUGUGAUUCUAUCAUUUCUGUGCCGUUCGGUCAUGGUCGCAGCGGCACGAUUAGCGCAAGUUUGAUUCUUUGCGGGAUUUGAAUGGCAUUGGGAGAUCUGAUGGCGUCUCCAUUCUCACAAUCUUCAGUUGCCGUCUCGAAUCGCUUGGAUGAGUUCUCGAGCAGGGAAGAUGAAGAUUUUGGUGGUCACAUAAGGGACUCGGAGACGGCAAGUAGUAGUGGUGGCAAUGCAGUGGGGACUACCACGACGAGCAUGGCUUAUUUGCCCCAGACUAUUGUGCUGUGUGAGCUUCGGCAUGAAUCUUUCGAAGCUUGCAUACCGUCUGGUCCGGCUGAGACUGGGCUUGUGUCGAAGUGGAGGCCUAAGGACCGGAUGAAGACUGGGUGUGUGGCGCUUGUUUUAUGUUUAAAUAUUAAUGUUGAUCCACCUGAUGUAAUUAAAAUCUCACCAUGUGCUAGGAUGGAGUGCUGGACAGAUCCGUUUUCUAUGGCAGCUCCAAAGGCACUUGAAACAAUUGGUAAAAAGUUGCAAGAUCAAUAUGAAAGAUGGCAAGCCAGGGCUCGCUACAAACUUCAGCCUGAUCCUACCGUGGAUGAGGUGAGGAAGCUCUGCACUGCCUGUCGUAAAUAUGCCAAAUCUGAGAGGGUGCUUUUCCACUACAAUGGUCAUGGUGUCCCAAAACCAACUGCAAAUGGUGAAAUUUGGGUCUUCAAUAAGUUGGAUCAGAGUUAUACACAGUACAUUCCUCUGCCAGUCAGUGACCUGGAUUCCUGGCUGAAAACACCAUCAAUAUAUGUUUUAGACUGCUCUGCGGCAGGAAAUAUUGUUAAUGCCUUUAUAGAGCGCCAAGAUUGGAACUCUUCUGGUUCAUCUGGGUCUUCCUUGAAGGAUUGUAUUCUUCUUGCGGCUUGUGAAGCGCAUGAGACUCUUCCUCAGAGUGCUGAAUUUCCUGCUGAUGUGUUUACGUCUUGCCUGACUACACCUAUCAAGAUGGCACUAAGAUGGUUCUGCUCUCGCUCGUUACUUCGUGAUACUCUUGACUACUCUCUCAUAGACAAAAUUCCUGGCCUCCAAAGUGACCGGAAAACUCUUCUUGGGGAACUAAACUGGAUUUUUACGGCAGUGACUGACACGAUUGCUUGGAAUGUCCUCCCCCAUGAUCUUUUUCAGAGGUUGUUCAGGCAAGACCUGCUGGUCGCUAGUUUGUUCCGGAACUUCUUACUUGCGGAGCGGAUAAUGCGGUCUGCUAACUGUUCCCCAAUUUCGUAUCCAAUGUUACCUUCAACUCAUCAGCAUCAUAUGUGGGAUGCAUGGGACAUGGCUGCUGAAAUUUGCCUUUCUCAGCUUCAGUCAUUGGUUGAGGAACCUUAUGCGGAAUUUCAGCCUAGUCCUUUUUUCACGGAGCAGCUGACAGCUUUUGAGGUGUGGCUUGACCAUGGAUCAGAGCAUAAAAAACCACCGGAGCAGUUGCCAAUUGUUCUUCAGGUUUUGCUUAGUCAAUGCCAUCGAUUUCGGGCACUGGUACUUCUUGGAAGAUUCCUCGAUAUGGGACCUUGGGCUGUGGAUCUGGCACUUUCAGUUGGAAUAUUUCCCUAUGUACUCAAGUUGCUGCAAACAACAGCAAUUGAAUUGAGGCAAAUUCUUGUUUUCAUAUGGACAAAGAUCCUUGCUCUUGAUAAGUCAUGUCAGGUUGAUUUGGUAAAGGAUAACGGGCAUAUAUACUUUAUAAGGUCUCUUGAUAGCCUGGAUGCGUUUCCAGAACAGCGUGCGAUGGCUGCAUUUGUUUUAGCUGUCAUUGUUGAUGGCCAUAGACGGGGACAGGAAGCCUGUAUCAAAGCUGAUCUGAUACAUGUUUGCUUGAAACAUCUUCAACUUGCAACUCCUCAUGAAGCACAAACUGAGCCAUUGCUACUUCAGUGGCUUUGUCUAUGUCUAGGAAAGUUGUGGGAUGAGUUCCCAGAGGCACAGAUAAUAGGUUUGCAGGCAGAUGCAGCUACAAUAUGUACACCCCUACUGUCAGAGCCCCAACCUGAGGUUCGGGCUUCUGCUGUUUUUGCGCUGGGUACCCUUCUUGAUGUUGGAUCUGAUUCACCCAGGGAUGGGGUUGGAGGUGAUGAAGACUGUGAUGAUGAUGAAAAGUUUAAAGCUGAGAUAAAUAUUAUUAAAAGCCUUCUGAAUGUAGUUUCAGAUGGAUGCCCACUUGUUAGGGCAGAGGUUGCUGUAGCUCUUUCACGCUUUGCCUUUGGCCACAAUAAGCACCUGAAAUCAAUUGCUGCUGCAUACUGGAAGCCACAAUCUAACUCUCUGCUGAGCUCCUUACCAUCUUUGGCUACUAUUAGAAGUUCAAGUGGUGGCUAUACUAACUCGAGCCAAUACAUGCAGCACGGAAGUACUAUUUCUGCCCAAAUUGGUCCUGUAAUGCGAGUUGGUGGAGACAGCAUAUCUGGGGGUCGAGAUGGAAGGGUUUCUGCUAGUAGUCCUCUUUCCGCUUCUGGAAUGAUGCACGGGUCUCCAUUGUCAGAUGAUUCAUCUCAACUCUCUGAUUCUGGAAUAUUAGGAAAUGAGAGCUCUAGUAAUGGGGUCAUUAACUAUUCAAGACCUAGACCCCUUGACGAUGGAAUUUAUUCUCUCUGUGUGUUGGCAAUGUGUAGUCUGGCCAAGGAUCCAUCUCCUCGCAUUGCAGGCCUUGGGCGGCGAAUACUAUCUAUUAUUGGUAUCAAACAAGUUGUUACAAAGUCAAUGCGGUUUACUGGUGGCAGUGUUCGGCAGGGUGAUGCAACUGCAACUCCAACCCCUCACCUUGCUGGACUGGCACGGUCAUCAUCCUGGUUUGAUAUGAAUGGAGGUCAUUUACCUCUGACAUUUAGAACUCCUCCUGUUAGUCCCCCUCGACAAAGCUACUUGCCCGGAAUGCGAAGAGUUUGUUCUUUAGAGUUCAGGCCACACCUGCUGAACUCCUCAGACUCGGGUUUAGCUGAUCCUCUUCUAGGUUGUGGUGGAACUUCUGGUACUUCAGAGCGCAGUUUGCUUCCUCAGUCGACUAUCUACAAUUGGAGUUGCAGUCAUUUCUCAAGACCACUGCUUACCGCAGCAGAUGACAAUGAAAACAUAUUGACUGCAAGAGAAGGAAGGGAAAAAAUUGCACUGGAUUGCAUAGCUAAAUGCCAGCAUUUUUCUGUAAACAAGCUGAGCAAUCAAAUUGCUAGUUGGGAUACCAAGUUUGACACAGGUACAAGAACAGCUUUGCUGCAGCCAUUUUCUCCUGUUGUAAUUGCCGCUGAUGAGAAUGAACGAAUCAGGAUAUGGAACUAUGAGGAAGCUACUCUUCUCAACAGUUUCGAUAACCAUGAUUUCCCUGAGAAAGGAAUUUCUAAACUUUGCCUUGUGAAUGAGCUAGAUGACACGUUGCUUCUUGUUGCCUCAUGUGAUGGAAAUGUCCGUAUAUGGAAAGAUUACUCUUUGAAGAGUAAACAAAAGCUUGUAACUGCAUUCUCUUCGAUUCAAGGUCAUAGACCUGGUCAACGAAGUGUUAAUGCUAUUGUGGAUUGGCAGCAGCAGUCUGGAUAUUUGUAUGCUUCUGGGGAGAUAUCAUCCAUCAUGCUAUGGGAUUUGGAUAAGGAGCAGCUUAUUAAUUCUAUUCCUACAUCAUCAGAAAGCAGUAUUUCAGCAUUGUCUGCUUCUCAAGUUCAUGGUGGUCAGCUAGUUGCUGGUUUUGUGGAUGGUUCUGUCAGACUAUAUGAUGUCCGUACUCCAGAAAUGCUUGUCUGUGGAACCCGGCCACACAUACAGAGAGUAGAGAAGGUGGUUGGAAUUGGGUUUCAACCUGGAUUAGAACCGGCAAAGAUUGUCAGCGCAUCACAAGCUGGUGACAUUCAGUUUCUAGAUGUCAGAAAUCACACUGAUGCCUACCUCACAAUCAAUGCUCACAGGGGCUCACUUACAGCCUUGGCCAUUCAUCGCCAUGCACCCAUUAUUGCCAGUGGCUCUGCCAGGCAGCUUAUCAAGAUUUUUAAUCUUGAGGGAGACCAACUUGGCACUAUCCGAUAUUACCCUACCUUCAUGGCCCAGAAGAUUGGGUCUGUCAGCUGUCUCACUUUCCAUCCUUACAAGGUCCUGCUUUCUGCUGGUGCUGCUGAUGCUCUCGUCUCUAUUUAUGCUGAUGAGAACUCCCAAAAUAGAUGAGCAUGCACCAACCCACCACCGGAGAUUCAUCACACAGGGUGACAGGCACUCGCACAUGCAUUAUUUGUGGCUGGAUGUGGCUUAAUUGGUGCAUUUGCACUGUGGGGGUUGUCAUUUUCUUUGGCUCCUCUCCCCCCUGCAGUCUAGUGCUGGUCGGGCGAUCUGUGAAAGUUGUAUACUUGUAUGUUAUAUAUUCUAUUCAUUAGCUUCCAAGGCAGACGGUCGUGCAUAUUGGGCAGGAAUGCUGCAUAUCCUGGAAGGCUUUUGCAAAUAAUCUGAUAUGUAGGUAAAAGUUGUAAAUAUUUGCUUCUCUUUAUCACACCCCCUUUCCAUAUUUUUAUUUUUCUUUGUUUUUUUCUUCCUACCCAAUCCCUUUGUUCAAUUUGUAAAAGAAAUAUACUUGGGUAUUAUUAUAAAUUGAGUGUUACAGACUGGGAAGUGG